UAAUUUACCUCAAUGUUUGAAUUGAUAUGGCGGCGCACAACGGCCACCCACGUUUUCUCGUUAGGAUCGAUGGCACUAGCAUAUGUCAUGUUGUUAAAUGUGGCCUGCUCCGAAUUUUCCACCCAAGCCUUCGCUGGCUUCUCGUACAAUAUUGACACGCAAACACUAUUGGUGAUGAUUUGCGAGUGAAACCGCUUCUGCUUGCCGAUUUGUUUGAUUUUAUCCAUGUCGAAAACCAAAUUCCACAAUUCAUCUCGAUGGCCGUACAAGUAAUAGUCCAGUGUGUAUUUGUUCAUUCGAUUGGUCAGCGGAUUGCGAGAACUGGGCACCACUCCUAGUACAGUGUUCGCCAAAUAAUACAUAUCUGUCAUAUCCAAUCGAACGUUUUUCAGUUGGAAUCGGCAUAACGGGACAAGUGCGAAAUUGUUCACUUUUGGCGGUCGAUUGUUCGUUAUCAAUCCAUCGCGACGGAAUGCAUGCCAUUGUUGUGAAUAUUGAUGAAACACUUCGAUUUGGCGUUGCAUUUGACCGAACAUCCACAGUGAUUGGAACCAAUUGUCCUUAACGAACUCAUUGACAGUGACCGGAACCAAUUGUUCAUUAUGAACUUUUUGACACUGCCAACCGAUUCUUUCCAGUUCAUACAAUAAAAUGUUCAUCUUAUUUGUUCUCUCUACAUCACCAUGUGUCAGAUCUUUGUUACUAGUGGCGUAAACUUUUGCGUUUCGUAUAUCGAUGCCGUCAAAUUUUGAUCCAUUGUAUUGAUGACCAUUGAUAUUCAUGUUAUAAUACCAGCGUUUCAUUUGAAAAAACGAUUCAACAUGUUCUGAACAAUGAGUGUUGAGAUUGGUCUGAUUAUUUCGAAUGUGAUCUUGGUAGAAAUAAUUAAAACCAUUUCCCAGGCAUUCUUUAUCGGGCCAUUCAAAAUUCUCUACACCGAAGUGUGCCUCGACAAUGUUACGAAAAGCUGGCGGCAUUAGUUCCUCUCUGUCGACUUUAUCGGCUAAAACACCGUUAAAGCACUCGAUGAAAAAUGUUUUACCGUUUUGUAGAAAAAAUUGUCGGUUCUCAUCAUCGAUGGCUUCUUGAAUUUUGUACAACGCCAACAAUGAUGCCAGUGACGAAAUCAGUGUCAUUUUGUAGCUUCGAUGAUCCAAAAACUGAAUCACUCUGUCGCGAUAUUCUUCCCGUAUGAUUGACUUGACGCCUUGUUUUAUGACUACAAGGUUCUUAAUGUCGUCUUUCCUUUCGGGUGGACUGUAUAAAUGAAACGAAAACAAAGAAAAACAUACACACUUAUUUAAAAAAAACUGGUCACAAAACAAUAUCGCGAAAUUGCAUCGAAAAUCCAAUGAAAAAAAAAACACAGAAUAAAUAUUAAGAAAAACAAUGCUUACAUAUUAAAUUGAUCCUCUCUUGAUCUUGUUCUACUCAUGGUUUAAUCAAUCAAUCACAAUUUCUGGUGCUUUUCCAAAUAUUAUGGGAUAGUUAUCACUAUUUUCGGUUGCAAUCAAUUCGCAUCAAUUUCACAAUUCAAAUUGUAAUUUUUAAUGUGUUUUUGUUGGUUCUGCUUGUAAACUGCCUGACGAAAUUCAAUUAUUAUUAUCAAUUUAAAGUUAUUUUUCUGACUUGAUGAUGAGAUUUAAUGGUAUUUCAAAUAGCUUCACAGCGCGAACGGUAACUUUGAACUAAAAUGAAUGCAGAAAUGCACCGAUAUUUAUAGCAAAUUAUUGCUGUAUUGCAAAAAGUCAAGCCUCGAAAACUAAAAUGACUGGAAUUAAACGAUUCUAUUGAUACAUCAAUAUAUGCAAACAAAUUUACAAUAUUUUCAUUCAACAACUCAAUCACUCCACUUUGAUUUGCCACAAAACUCUGCCGAAAAUGCAUUUUUAAACAGGAACAUAACAAAUCACAAACGAGAGAAUUGUCGAAAUGGUUUUUUUUUUUUCAAAUGUGUUUCGAUGAUUUGGAAUAUUAACAGUAAUACUUUAUAAAUGUUCUGUCGUUUGAAUUGAAAACAGAAACAGACACAAAAUAUUUCCGCAAAUAUAUCCAUCACAUUUCGUGAACACACGAUAUCGUUGUAUCAAAACACUGACGAAGCACAUCACAAAAACAAGCGGUGAUCGGGAAUACUGUUGUACGGUCAAAAUCCUACAGUUUGUUGCAUUCGCACUAGUAUUUCGUUUACAGAAAAACAAAAACACAAACACAUAUUAUAUUGUCUCUCUCACAUGUUUCGUUUCUUUGUGCUGUGACAUAAAAAAGCCACUGAUACAAUAUUAGCACUAAAAUCCAUUUGUCUUAUUUUAUCAUGUUGAAAACUGAAAUCGGUUGUCAUUUUGAAUUUAAUUUGUUUGAAAAAAACAACAACAACGCACAUUUUCUGACCGCUAAUACGAACAAAGAAACUCGUGCGUAUGAAAAUUCGAUUGGAAAUCAUGGAUAUACUCUACAUUCCGUUUGACACUAAAAUGGCCACAUAAUUAUCCUUGUGAAUGUGUGACUCUCUCUGUUGUGCAUUUGUGUGUGUACAAACUUUCAAUUGUUUAUAUGCGCGACCGGUUCAAUAUUGCAUGUUUCAAACCGAAACACCGAAUGAAUUUGUUUAUAUCACUUUCCCUCACACACACACAAACUCUGUAUUCGUAGCGAUAUUUGACUUUUUGAAUUUGUCCAACUGAAUUUUAGGCGACGGAGAAUGCAAUCGUAUGAGAUUGUUGUUGUUGUAUACCAAAAAUCAUCUCUUUCUAAACUGGCGGCACUUCUCAGUAUAGUUUUGGCCGCAAUAAAAAAAUCAAUCCCGUUAAAUAUUGAAUAGAGUGAUUUGUUUGUUUGUGAUACAUGUUAAAUCGAAGCACAAAAAAUUCCUUUGCUACAUUAAUUCUGUUGAAAACUGAAAAAUGUGAAUACAAACUUUGUGUGUACUCCAGUUGAAAAGAAAACAAAUCUGAAUGGCAACUCAUUAUAUUUCGUUGUGAUUUUGUGUAUUGAAACAUUUUUGUCAAUACACUGUAAUUUUGUCGAUGUGUGAUGUUCAAUAUUCAACUGAUACUUGCCUUCUUAAUGAUGCUGGACAUAUUUAUGAAUAUAAGUGAUACAAAAUGCAAUCAAACAGCGAAAACAGUCGAUAGAAUUGUUGAUAUAAAUUUUAUGUAAACAAAAUCGAACAUUUGAAUCUCAUGUUACACAUACUUUCAUUCUUUAAACGAGUAAGAGUCAGCAAAACGCGCAUUGUAUCAAUACCGUUGUAUGCUUUGAGAUUCAAACAAAAACGGCAACACAUUUGACUCAACUUUACCCAACAAACUCUUUUGCAUAAUUGACUUUUACUCGUACUUCAUAAAAAUGGCCAUUAAAGUAGUACCUACACGUCGUUCAAAACGUAAUAAACGCCAAGGAAGUCCCGAUGCAUCAACAGCACCGACAGAAGACUUGCCCUUGUCCCGUCAAAUACGUCGAAAAUCUACUUCUGACGUAUCAUUUUUCACUGCGGAAGAAGAAGUCCACAAAGUUGACGUAUCCACUUCAACGGAUGGCCUGAAACUUGGCAAAACGGAACAAGGGGUCAAGUGUUUUGCGGGAGCAUGCUUCUUUAUUGCAGACAACAACAUCCAAAACAUCCAAAUUACAGAAGGCGACAAUGGAUCUCGCUGGGCUGACAGGCCUUUCAUCCUCGGCAUGACAUGCACACUAGUCCUUCCAUUUAUGAUAGUGUGGUGUGUUCUGAUUUGCAAGUUGUUCCCAACACCAAAAUAACAUAUGUAUGGAAAGUCUUUGGAAUAAAUUCGGACGUUGCCAUUUGAACAAUA